CGCAAGACUCUUCGAUAGUCAUUGCUUAAAUGUUAUUCAAGUAUACGCUGUAGUAGUUUAUUUCUGUUUAGUAUUUUCAUUCAUACCAGUAAAACAAGAAAAAUCUGAACGAUGUUAAUCUUUGCCAACUUUUGGAUAGACUUUAUCAUACUGAUCACAGUAUUAUUCUCAAUUAUCUAUUACUAUUGUACUUCGACAUUCAAUGUAUGGAAAAAACUCAAUGUGCCUUACAUCCGUCCGAUUCCUCUGUUUGGCAACUACUUGAGAGUAGCACUGGGCAUAGAGAAUCCAAUGGAAACGUACAGGAAAAUUUAUUGCGAGCUAGCUGGAUUCAAGUACGGAGGUAUGUUUCAGAUGCGGACACCAUACUUAAUGAUCCGCGAUCCUGAAAUCAUCAACAACAUACUGAUUAAGGACUUUUCGUAUUUUACCGAUCGUGGUAUUUACGUGGAUUUUAAAACCGAACCCCUGUCAGAAGUACUGUUUCUAAUGAAUAACCCUCGAUGGAAAAAAUUUAGAAGUAAAUUGAGCCCAGCGUUCUCAUCGGGAAAACUUAAACAGAUGUUUAAUCAAAUCGAAAAGUGUGGCCAUGAUAUGAUAAAUAAUAUUUUUGCUGAGCUAAAGAAAAAUCCCAACGAUAUUGAUAUGCGAGAUGUUGUGGCAAAAUAUUCAAUGGAUGUUAUCGGUAGUUGUGCUUUUGGACUGACGUUAAAUGUAGCAAGCGAUGAUACUUCAUUAUUUCGUAAGUAUGGAAAAACCGCAUUCGGACCAUCUAUAUUAUAUUUUAUAAGAGAGAUAUGUGUGAUGAUUUCACCGGCUAUUCUGAAAAUUUUGAGACUUACUUUUUUCCCAAGUAAAACAACUGCGUUUUUCGGAUCAGUAUUUAAAGAAACAAAGACGUACAGAGAACAAAAUAAUGUAUUGAGGAAUGAUAUUGUUCAUGCUUUAAUUCAAGCACACCAAUCCGAUGAAAAUUCAUCUAAAGAUGAAACAUUAAUGGAAUCUCAAAUUUUAUCAAAUGCUUUUGGUUUUUUUGCUGCUGGGUUCGAUACUACAUCAACUUCUAUUUCUUAUUGUUUGUAUGAACUUGCAUUGAAAAAAAACAUUCAAGACCGAGUACGCGAAGAAAUAAAAUUGACAAAAUCUAAAUACAAUGGAGUAAUUGAUAAUGAAUUUUUGAAUGAUCUCCAUUAUUUGGAUAUGGUUAUAGCAGGUAAUAAAUAAUUGUUUACAUAUAAUUAA